AUGGCCAGAACAACAAGAACCGACAGUCUACUAUCUGGCGUAGACACAAUCGACACCCGCUCAAUACUGUCAAUGCAAGAACUGGACCCUUCGCCCGUCGACGAUGAUCCACCUGAUAUCGAGACGGGGGACUACUUCCCUGAGCCGGCGAAUACAAACGGAGAACAAGCUCGAUCUUUUGGUAUUUCGCGGAUAGGACUGAAGUCGCAUUCAUGGGAUUAUUGGCUAUCGGCAAUUCAGCGAUACUCGACGUAUCCGCCUACAGUCUUCUUCGCAUUACAUGCGAUCAAUACCUCGCUCAUCCCUCUUGCGACUCGCUCAAUCCCGUCCAGCGAUUCGUUCCUAUUACUCACACGACCCAUCUAUCAAUCCCCUUCCCUGGAACCUAUCAUGGUCGCACUCCCCAUCGUCGCACACAUCGCAUCCGGAAUCGCAUUACGCAGCAUUCGAGCACGCCGCCGCGCCAAAAUGUACGGCGCCGAACAACGGAAUCAGCGCUAUCUGAUCAAAUCCUGGCCUGUGCCGAGCUUACAGGCCAAGCUAGGUUAUGCCAUGAUUCCGCUUGUGGGUUUACACGUGGGUGUUAACCGGGUUAUUCCGUUGGAAAUCGACGGCGGUAGUUCAAGCGUUGGAUUGGGUUAUGUUGCGCAUGGAUUUGCGCGGAGUCCCGUUUUCUGGAAUUUGUUUUAUAUUUUAUUUGUUGCGGCGAGUGUGUGGCAUUUGGUUGGGGGUCUUGCGACUUGGAUGGGUGUUAGAGUUACUACUGCUCGGAUGGAGAGGGGUUCAACUUCCAAGACUGGGAUAUUGGGUGAGACGAGGGAAGAGACGGCUAGAAGGAGGAAGAAUAAGUGGCUUGUUCAUGGUAUUGCAGGGAUUACGGCUGCUAUUUGGCUUGCUGGUGCUUUGGGGAUUCUAUCCACAUGCAAAUUCGAUAUGAAGUGGCCCGUGCGUCCAAAAUAUUUCUUUCUCUUUGAUGACUCCGAUUUGAUCACUCCGCGACAAAGCGUCGAAUGCUAUGGCAGGCCAAUGAAGCGAAUACUGCCUAGAUUCUACACUUCAUUCAGAUCAGCAAUUGAGUCAAUUACUCCAACUGUCCAAAUCCAGUACCCUAAACUACUGUUACUACGCAACUACCGCUCCACGGGAGCAAUGACAUCUACCUCCAACGAGGCGCCAGCUUCAGCGCCAACAGAAUCCCCCAAAACUAUAGACCUAAACAACAAAAAAUACGAACCCGUCAAAGAAGGACUCGCAUAUAUCCUAAAACCAAUCAGCGAUAAACCCCCGAAUCUGAAACCCCGCGGUAGCGGAUUCGAGCAACAAGCUUCGGUGUUUUAUAAUCCGAUUCAGCAAUUUAAUCGUGAUUUAAGUGUGCUUGCGAUCAAGGCGUUUGCGAAUCAUCAUGUGGCGCUUGUAAGGGAGCAGAAUUUGAACAGAUUGAAUAGGAGGAAGAAGGGUAAGGAGGGGAAGAAGAGGAAGAGGGAGGAGGGGGAGGAGGAUGAUGUUGAUGUUGAUGGUGAGGAGGUGAUGAAGAAGCAUCAUGGGGAGGGGGAUGAAGGACAGCGACGGGCUGCGGAUGAGGUUGUUACGGGGUUCGUACCGCCAGAAGCAGGAGCAGAUGCACAGAAGUCAGCUUCAACGAAACCGGUGAACUUUCAAAUCCUCGAUGCACUAUCAGCAACAGGUCUGAGAGCACUACGAUAUGCCAAAGAAAUCUCCACCGCAACAAAAAUUGUCUCAAACGACUUAUCCGCCGCCGCCGUCGAAGCUAUCAAGCUCAAUAUCAAAUACAACCAAGUUGAAAACAUCGUUCGACCCAACGUCGGCGAUGCGCGUGCAUACAUGUACAGUCUCCAAGGCGAAACGCAUACAAACGACGGAACAGGGAAGAAGUUUCACGUCAUUGAUCUUGAUCCCUACGGCACUGCGGCGCCGUUUCUAGAUGCUGCUGUUCAGGCUGUUAAUGAUGGGGGUAUGCUAUGCGUAACGUGUACUGAUGCAGCUGUCUUUGCGUCAACUGGGUAUCCCGAAAAGACUUAUGCGUUGUAUGGAGGUAUCCCCUGUCGAUUACCGCAUGGACACGAAAUUGGACUGCGACUUAUUCUGCAUGCUGUCGCGAGUUCGGCAGCAAGAUACGGUCUUGCUGUUGAACCUCUUCUUUCUCUGUCUAUUGAUUACUACGCUCGAGUCUUUGUGCGUAUUCACAAGUCGCCUAUCAACGUCAAAGCCUUGGCUAGUACCACCAUGUUAGUAUUCAACUGCGAUUCUGGAUGCGGUGCAUGGUCCACGCAAUAUCUGGCCGGCACAAAGGUCAAGCAGGGGAAGAAGGACGGUCAAAUCUUUCAUAACUAUGUCCUAGCCCAAGCACCCACGACAUCACCGCGUUGUGAACAUUGUGGGUUCAAGACUCAUCUGGCCGGUCCGAUGUGGGGAGGACCAUUGCACAAUCCCCAUUUCAUCCAAAGAGUGUUGGACCUUGUGCCUGAAUCAGAUCCGAAUGUCUAUCAUACCCUAGAUCGAAUUGAGGGGAUGUUGACAACUGCUCUGGAAGAAGAUUUGGAUCUGAGUCCACCUUUCGAGUCUGACGAAACGACCGCAAAGGAAACCACAGAAGAGCUUAAACCGGAGGAAGAAUCAGCCAUCAUCCCGCGCAUGUCACCACACCUAAAAGAGAAAUUCCCUUUUUUCGUCAGUCUGAGCGCUCUCGCAAAAGUCCUCCAUGCACAAACGAUACCCACAGACGCAUUCCGCGGCGCGCUGCACGGUCUCGGAUAUCGCACAACCCGCAGCCAUACACGACCCAAUAGCGUACGCACAGAUGCACCAUGGGACGUGCUAUGGGAAAUCAUGCGUGAAUGGGUUCGUCAAUGGUGUCCUCCUUCUAAAGAUGUCAAUGGCGAGAAAUAUAAACCCGGUACACCGGCAGCGGGGAUUAUGAGGAAUGAUAGAUCGCACUUUGAUGGAAGUAAUCCGUUGAAUGUAUUGAAGAAGGAGGUGCAAACUGCGCUGGAGGAAGGGAAGGAUUUGGCUGAUCUUAGUAUGAGGAUCGAGGCGGCUCUAUAUCGAAAAGGGAGGACUAGUCCUCCUUCCGCGGAACCUACUACCACCACGACAACUACAGCAGAAAAUAAAACGGAAGAGAGACCGCACCCGAGUACGUUGACAAUAAAAUUCGAUGAAUCAAAGGGUAAAAAGUUCUCGACUGAAAUGGGUAGAGGGAGGAAGAAGGUGGUACGGUAUCAGAUGAAUCCGGAGUUGAAUUGGGGGCCUAUGAGUAAAGCGACGGGACAUUAG